CUUUCCUCACAUCACGAUGGACUCCUCAGACCUGGAACUCUUCUUUCACCGUCAAUGGAAAGCAACCAUCGAGCAGUGUGAGAAAUCACUAGAGCCAGAUGACUUGGUCCAGGUACAGUCGAUCACGUCUUGGGAUUCGAUCCAGAAACAUGUGUGGGGAGGGGAAUCGGCGAGGACUGGUCCGCAUGAGAUUGCUUUGAUUAGACCGACGCUCGGCCACCUCCAUAGAUUUACCCGGAUAUUUGAGACCCAACUGGCCCCAGGUCUCCAAGCGGAUUAUUUUUGGGGCAUCAUUGGCGUUCUUCUCGAGCUCACUGCCCAAGAUCCGCAGGCGCUUUCAAAAAUACCACGGAUGUUGAAGUCUCUGGGAUAUAAAGCAGAGGCCUUCAUUAGCUACUAUGCUGUCUGCAAGGAUAAUCGCGAACAAAUCAAAGAAGCAUGCUUUGAUAUUCAGGUUCAGCUAGUGGAAUUCUUCACCGGCGCGGUCAAGUCUAUGCGUGGUGAGGAAGAUAAACGCUACACUUAUCAACAACAGGAGGAUCCAUGGCUCCUGCUUCAGCGUCAAUUCACCUCUACAAACCAGGAGCUUCUUGAAACCAUCGCCCGCGUUGAAAAGCUGAUUGCCGUGUCCCCCUCCGGCUUGGGUCGCCACGGCUCCUCAGAUCCAGCCGUCCGGCCAGUGCGUUGCAUGAUACUACCAAGCAAAAAGACCGCUCGGUUUUUUGACAGAGUCGAGACGUUUGAGAAGAUAGACCGGGUCCUAGGGCGGGUGAGAACUGAUACAUCUUUCCGAUCCAUAGCUCUGUUUGGUCUAGGUGGAAUUGGCAAGAGCUCGAUUGCAGCGAGAUACAUUGAGAAGAAGAUAGAGGAGGACGAAUACGACGCCGUGUUUUGGGUCUAUGGUGAGAAGACGGCGUCUUUGCGACAGAGCUUCACCGAUAUCGCAAUGCGCCUCAAGUUACAGGGAGCGCAACCCAACUUGCACGACGAGAACCUGAUCCUUGUCCAGAAUUGGUUCCAGUCGACUGACUGUAGAUGGCUAGUGGUCUACGACAAUGUAGAGUCCACCGAUCUAUUGAUGCCAUAUUGGCCCGAGGCAAGUCAUGGCAAGGCAAUUAUUACCACCCGCAACCAUUCCUUGGCAUAUGAGCCUGCCACUUCCGGUUUGGAAAUAACAUCGUGGGAUGCCCAGACGGGUUCCCAGUUUCUACUCUUUCUGUUGAAGCACAAUAUUGGUAGUGAUAUCCAAGCGGAGGGGGACUCGGCCAUUGAACUUUCCCAGAGACUGAGCGGCCAUGCCUUGGCCAUCUCGCAUAUGGCGGGCCUGAUACAUCGCCGAUCUUGGUCCAUCACCGAGUUCAUGCGAAUCUAUUCGAAAAAUCCCAGACGCGUUCACCAGUCUGAGCUACAGGCUGUGUGGGAUCUCUCAUUCUCAGCUCUGGGACAGGAUAGCCAGGCCUUCCUAGGAAUUGCGUCGUUCCUAGUAUCUGAAAACAUCCCACAACUACUAUUUGAUUUUGAAGACAGCAAUCAUCCAGAGGGUCUGGAAUUCUGUACCGACGAGUUUAGAUUCUCCGAGGCAAUAGAGCCGCUCCUCACCCUUGCCUUGAUCAAACGUGACAGGGAUGCUCGCUUGUUCUCUUGUCAUCGGAUGGUGCAGACUCAGUUUAGAUAUUUCCUUUCUCUUGACGAACGGCAGAAAGCUUUCGCAAACGCAACCGCGCUGGUACAUCGUGCUUUCCCCAAGCAGUCAGAUGAAACGAAUCAGAACCAGCUAUAUCGGGAGUGGGCUGAGUGUAACCGUUACCUACAACAUGUAAUCAGUCUUGUGGAUAGGUUCCAAGAAGAACGGAGAGCCAUGAAGAAUUUCAAGGCGCCAUCGCUAUUCUGCGAUCUUUUGAAGGAUUGCCAGAGAUAUCUCUACGAGAUAAACGCCCUCAAAGAUCUUGAGGAUGUGUGUGGGGUAACUAUGCUAGCUGUAGAAGCACUCGAGGACGAAGAAAAGGCCACAGAUAUUGCCGCCUGGACGCUAUCCCUCCAAGCCAGCAUGUACGAGAGUACAGGGAAGGUGCAAAAGGCCAUUGAGCUCAACACCAAGGGCUAUGAAAUGCGACUGAAAGAAAAGCCGUUGAAAGGCGGGCUUCUAGGUGGAUUCGAACAGAACUUGGGUUAUAACUACAACACGGCCAAUGAUCAUGAGACGGCUUUGACGUGGCUUGAAAAGUCGAAGAAUACAUGGAUUGCUUGGAAUGUCAGCGAGGGCAGCGGAACGGAUUGGCCAACAUUAACAAAGAAGAAUACGGCCAGGUGUCUUGUGUAUCUUGGUCAAUAUGACCAGGCGCAAGAGCUGCUCGACAUUGCAAUUGCUGAGUUCAGACAAGAAAAACCGCUCAACUGGGCAAUGCUGGCUUACGCAUACUUCGUCUUGGGUAUCCUUGAACGGCGAAGAAAUAGACCCGAAGCAGCUGAGGCCAGCUUUAUUGAGGCCCAGAAUCUGUGGCUCGGAGGAGACCAGACUAGAUUGCAUCCGUUCAACGCUGGAUGCUUAUACAAAAUGGGGGUGGUGUGUCUUGAUCAGGGAAAGGUGGAGGCAGCUGUUAAACAUUUACGUGAAUCUCUCCAUAUCACCAAGUUUCAUGUCAACAUGAUGCCCGCGGAGCACGCGCGGGGGCUCUUCAAGCUAUCUGAAGCACUGCUACAAGAUUCAUAUGAUGAUGAUCAAGCAAGAGGACUGAGGGAUGAAGCAGAGUUUUAUCUACUAAAAAGGGACCCGCUCGCAGUGGAGUUUGGAAAGGAAGAAUAUUAUGAUCAGUGGAUUCCAAUCUUCUGGCGAUAAGAGGCAGUGAAUCUUGCUAGAUGAUUUCCACUCCUCACGCCUAAAGGGGUCUGGCUUCGAAGACAUAUUGUUUAUCUUAUUCAUCAUAGCUCUUCUACUAAGGAUUAGUGCUCUAAAUUGAACCAAG